GAAAAGGAAGCGGCUAACCAUGAAGAUCACGUUGUUGUUGUUGGCAGUAUUCGUCUGCGUGCAGUUAGCGAUCGCAGGCGUGAAUAUAGAAGCCAGAAAGGAAGCGGAUGCGUCUGCAGAAAGCUCCGGAUCGAAGAGUUCCCAAGUGGAGAAAAAGGAAGAAGCAUCGCAAAGCUCCUCGGCUUCUAAAUCGUCAAAUGAAAAAGAAAGCUCGAAAAGCGGCGGAGGCAUAGAAAUCAGUGGAAGCUCGGGAAGCGGCGAGAAAUGGAAAAACGGUGAAAGCUCGGAAAACGGCGGCAAAUGGAAUAACGGUGCAAACUCGGAAAGCGGCGAAAAAUGGAAUAACGGCGGAAAUUCGGAAAACGGCGCAAAGUGGAAUAACGGUGCAAGCUCGGAAAGCGGAGAAAAAUGGAAGAACAAUGCAAGCUCGGAAAGCGGAGAAAAAUGGAAGAACAAUGGAAGCUCGGAAAACGGCAAAAAAUGGAAUAACGGUGGAAAUUCCGAAAGUGGCGAAAAUUGGAAUAACGGUGGAAGUUCCGAAAGCGGCAAAAAUUGGAAGAACGAUGGAAGUUCGGAAAGCGGCGAAAAUUGGAAGAACGAUGGAAGCUCCGAAAGCGGCAAAAAUUGGAAGAACGGCGGAAGCUCGGAAAGCGACAAAAAUUGGAAGAACGGUGGAAGUUCGGAAAGCAGCGAAAAUUGGAAGAACGAUGGAAGCUCGGAAAGCGGAAAAAAUUGGAAGAACGGUGGAAGCUCCGAAAGCGGCAAAAAUUGGAAGAACGGCGAAAGCUCGGAGAGCGGCAAAAAUUGGAAGAACGGCGGAAGCUCGGAGAGCAACGAGAGCUGGAAAAACAGUGAAAGCGGAAAGAAAGAUGAAAGCUCGAAAAACAGCGAAAGUUGGAAGAGCAACGAAAGCUGGAAGAACGAUGGCAGCUGGAAGAGCAGUGGAGAAUCAGAAAAGUGGAAAGAUGGUGAAGUAGUGGUGGAAGGCAGCGUUAGUAUAAACUGGGCAGAUAUCAAAGAGCAGGUUAGCAACAUUGCUACAUCCUUAGAAGAGGGUGGUAACCUCAAGGCUGCAUUGAAAAUAAAGAAAGGAGAAAAGAAAAUUUCAAGUUUGGAGGAAAUCAAGGAGAAAAUCCGUGUAUUACUGAAAUGGAUUGAAGAAGGCAAAGAUACUAGCAGCCUAUUAGAUUUGAAAGAGGGUAGCAAGGAUAUUGCGUCGUUGGAAAAAAUCAAAGAAAAGAUCCUUUUGAUCGUUAAGUUAGUGAAUGAAGGAAAAGACACUAGUGGUCUUUUAGAUUUAGAAGCGAGUGGCAAAGUAAUUCUAGAAUUGCAAAGCGCCAUAGAAGAGGUUCUCGCAAAGUCAGAAAAGAUAACUAAAGUAUCUGAAGCUCUUUCCGGUUUACUAAAAAGCAAAACUGUCUCGGACAUAAAACCGCUUCAAGCAGUAAUUCCUUUAAUCCUUGAAUUGCAAAAAUCAGGCGUUAAUCUUAGUACUUUAAACAAGUGGUCCGCCACUAGCGUAAGUGCUAUAGACAUAGAACGCGUCACGAAAACCGUUCCAGUGCUCCUUCAAUCCAUGAAAGGAGGCGUAGAUGUUCAGAGCCUUUUGAGUGCGAAAGGUGCAAAGAAACUUGGCAUUAGUGCUUUGGAUUUGCAGGCUGUUCAAGGAGCUCUCGGCGUGAUUGGAAAACUAAGUUCAGGUGGUGCGUUGAACCUAAAUGGCUUGUUGAACUUGAAAGGUGGCGGUAGUGUGUUAGACGCAGGAAAGGUCGGAGGAUUAAUUUCUUUACCGAAACUUUAAGAGAUAAACCGAUAAAGGCAGAUAUACUCUCGGAAUAUUUUUUUUGGAAGUUGAAUAGUCCGUAAAACAAUUAUUUCUGAUUAUUAUAAUUUAGCCUAAAAUAUUAAAUAAAAUGGAGAAAUAUAUGAGAAAUAAGGUUCAAGUAUAUAAAUAAUAAGUUUUAAUUUAUAUGUAAUGUGUUGGGAAGAAAUUUCUCUAAUAACAAGUUGAAUCUAUAAUUUAUCGAUAUAUUGUAAACACGGAACUUGUACUUGUUCAAAGAAAAUUCUAAUAUAAUACAGAAGAAUUAAGCA